AUAUAUAUAUAUAUAUAUAUACAUAUAUACUUUAUUAUACUUGCUUUAGAUCAAUAUUAAUCCUAUUAAUCGUGCAUAUACUCGUUGAAUAUAUUUCGUUACGAAGAAACGUGUCGAUCUCUCGUCGUCGAUCUUGCAUCUCGACGGGAAAAAGUAAAGAGACACGGUGUACACGAUAUACUGUGCACGCGUCGUUUGUUUGUUUGAAAGAACAACCUUCUUGUUGGAAAGAAUUUUUCGAUAACCUCAAAAAUGAAAGAGAAGCAAGCAUGUGCGACAAAGGUGCACCUUUACGGAAGAAACGGGAGAGGAAGGUGGACGAGUUCGACACGGACGCGUCGUUCAUCGUGAAGAGAAGUCACUUCAAGCACAUUAAAGGCCAUCCCCGCGAGGAAUACGCGCCCACCUGGCCGAAACCUCUGCCCCGUUUGUAUCCAAAAGCGAACAAUUACUACGCGUUCCACGAGGACACGAAUCCGUUCACCCGAUUCUCCGAGUCGAGUUUAUCGAAGGGCCACACGGAAAAUGUACCGCACUUCCCUCCCUCCGAGGAGCCGUUCGCGAACCGCGACCCCUACAUGGACACUGAGACGAAAAGGAAAUACCUGGAGAGGGAGCCAACCUGCUUCGUCAUGCUCGGAAAACCCGAUCUGAACACAAUGAAACUUGCGAGCAUGAUCGCCACCACGUUUAAAUGCAUCCUAAUCAACCCCGUUUACCUCAUCAAACUCGAGAUCGAGGAGGGUAGCGAGAAAGGUCGAUUAAUGGCCAAGAUAUUGAAAUUGGGCGGUUACGUGGGCCCGGAUAUAAUCAUGAACUUGAUACUUAACCGUCUCAAGAAACGGGACGUGUACCACAAAGGGUACAUCGUGGAAGGAUUGCCUCUCAUCCCUAACAAGACCCUCGAUUACUCCUCCUAUCUGCCCGUGGACGAGGAGGCGAUUAAUGCCGCGUAUCAGGACACCAUGAGAUACUUCAAUCCCUCGUUCGAGAUGACGUGCAAGGAAACGGUGGAGGGCGGUGGCGGGGUGGCGUGUCGUCGAGAGACACGAGAUUCGAAGGAAGGGUGCGUGGUCGAGGCUAAUUACGAGGAGUUCGUUUCGACCCAGAUCGAGGAUAUUUUCGCGAGCUGGCCGUUGAAACCGACGUUGAUCAUUUACUUGAUGUGCCCAGACGAGGACCACGUGAAGAAGCGCUAUCACUUCCGAUUGAAUCCGUUGAUCGGCCGUAUCAUAGACACGAGUUUCCUCGACAUGGCGGACAAGAUCCAAAUGUUGUUCAACCACGAGAAGAUCAGGCAUUACAUGAACGCGAGCUACGAGUUGUACAAAGAGUUGAUGGACGAGGAACGGCUCCUGGACGAGGAUCACGGGAAGUAUCUGCUCAAACGGAUAUCGGACGAGUCGUCGAACGUGAAAAUCCAAUGCGAGUUUUUCAAACGUUCGGUGAUGCCUGUGAUCGACAAACGCAUCCUGCUGCACAAUCCUCAAAACGUGAUCAAGCUGGACGGCCGUUCCCCCCUAGCGUUCAUGUUCCGCACGCUUAGCGCCCGUUUGCGCACGUUGCCAGUGCGACGCGUUAUUCUCCCUGUCAGGCUGGUGGAGAACACGGAAGGGGAACUCCUCCACGGGGACGAGUUCGAGGAGAGAUCGAACGAGGAGGCUUAUCGAGACUUGGCGAACAGGGAGACCGUGUCCCCGUUCUUCCCUUGGAAACUGUCCACCUGGAAUUUCCUCUGCCCGGUCGAGUUGACGAGAGGAAGAACGACGAGGGGGAGCGCGAGGCACAGCGUCCGUUUCAUGAACAAGAUAUUCUUCCUUUCGUCGAGCGACGCGGUCGAUCUGUUCGUCGAUAAUCCUCGGACCUUUCUACGUCCCUUCUCGCCACGGCCGACGUGCAGGGUAGUCGUGUUCGGGCCCAAUUAUUCCGGGAAGACCGACCUCUGCCGCGAGUUGGCCCGAGAAUUGAAAGGGAUCGCGAUAAACGUGAAGGAGAUGAAGAGAUCGUUGGACGUGGAUCCGGAGAUCGGCUACUAUCUGACCAGCGACCUCGUUCCGUUUAGGAACGAGGCGGACGCGAUUGUCGAACGUAUAAAAGAUAUACCGGGGGAGAGGAUCGACGAGGACGUGUGGAGGGACGGGGGUUACGUGGUGGACGGUAUGUAUCCCAACGCCGAGUCUUGGAACGUGAUAAGGGAUUCGGGGAUCGUCUUCGAGGAUGCCGUCCUCCUGGUCGACGAGGAGCCUUACGAAUAUCUUACGUCCAAGUGGCGGGAUAUUUUCGAAGGGGGGAGAAACGGAACGGUUUUCGAUCGUUCGAAUGAGGAGGAGGAGGGGGAGGAGGGGGAGGGGGAAUACGAGGAAGGAUUGUUCGAAUACGUGAGGCACGUUCAACAAUUUUACCUCGAUUGGAAGACGAUAGAGGAGAUGGUUGGCGACAGUUGCGAGACGUUGAUCCCGUGCAACGUUGGGAAACUCGCCGAUACGUUCGCACACGCGAUCCAACGAAUCAAGGAUCGUUACACGGACAAAGCCAGGGUGAUGACCGAGGAGGAGAAGGAGAGGGAGAAGUUCCUAGCCGAGUACGCGGGUAUGGCCGACGUAACCGUGGAUAUGGAGGAGGAGGAGGAGGAGGAGGAGGAGGAGAGGGAGGAGAAAGAAAUGGCGGGGGAUUUGAAGCAGACCGCCAAUCUUCGUCUAGGGGACACAGCCAAUUAUUGCCCCGUCGCGUUGAUGAGGUACAACGUGUUCUGGAAAGGUAAGGAACAGUUCGGCGCGAUUUUCAUGGACAAGAUGUAUCACUGCUCGAGCAGCCAAGCCCUCGAGGAAUUCAUCCGGGAUCCUAGGAGAUUGAAUCUUCCCUUACGGAGGCCGUUGUCCACCGUCCCCCCCCUCCGCGUCAGCGUGAUCGGGCCAACGGGGAGCGGGAGGAGCACGCUUUCGGACGCUAUAUCGCGGGAGUGCGGCUUGGUCUGGGUGGAUUAUUUCGAUUGCUUCACCAAUUACAUGAGGUUGCGCGCCAUGCCACCGAUCACCGACAAACACGCGAUAAUAUUGGCGAGGGGCGGCCUCCUGGACCCCGUCGAGUUGCCGGAGGAUCUGAACGACGAGAGGUACAACAGCGACCAACCUACCAUACAGACGUUCGUACGCCGUUACUGGAGCGAGGGUGGCCACCUGCCUCCAAGGAUGCACAGGGAGUGCUUGUUGGAUUAUUUCAACGGGAUGUUCAACAGGUCGGGGGCAGUGUUCGAUCAAUUUCCAAGCUGUCCCCAAGACGUGGAAACGGCGUUGAAGCAUUACACGGUGCCCGAGAUAGUGUUCGAGCUUCGUUGCGGCAAAGAAACGGCGUCCGAGAGAAUGAUGGGGAAUUUGUUCGCGCUUUGGGAGAAGAAUUUGGAGGCGGAGAAGGAGGCGGAGGGGGAGCGGUACGCGAUGGAGUUGAAACAUUACGAGAGGAGACGGGACGAUUGGAUCGAGGAAGCGUUGAACAGGGAGGUCAGGUUGCUCGAUCCGGAGGAGUACGGGGGUGGGGAGGAGGAGAUGGAGUCGAGGAGGUACGAGUUGGAGGAGAUAUGGUAUCAGGAGAAUCCGGAACCGGUGUUGUUCACCGAUUGGGAGGAUUUCGAGACGGCUAGGGGAAGGAUCGAGGACGAGUUCUCGAGGAAGUACGACAACGAGGCCGAGAAGGUGAACGCCGUAAGGGAGAGUCUGGCCAACGAGUCUAUACCUUACAUCGUGCUCGACGCGGAGAAAAGCCCCGGGAACGUUUUCCAGCAAGCGAUGCUGAUCAUCGAGCCUUACACGCGCCGUACCACCUCCAUCCUCGAGCAAAUAUCCAGCAUAGACAUCGAAACGGCCGACUCGUUGCUCGAUUGCGGCUACUAUUUCCUCAGCUCGUUCGGCCGUUGGUGCCCGGUCCAAUUGCAUCGAAACGAGAUCCCUCUCCAAAUGUUCCUGCCGUUGGAGUUCAGGGACGAUGUAUACCCGGCCGUACACCGCCAAUACGUUUACUUCUUCGGCGGUAAGGAAGCCCAGGAGGAAUUCGUCAGGGAUCCGUACAAGUAUCUCGAGCAGGACUCUUACGCGCCCAUCACGCAGUUUCGAAUCUCGGUGAUCGGGCCGCCUAAGUGCGGGAAAACCACCCUCUCCGAACGAUUCGCGGAGAAGUACAAGUUGAAGCUGAUCACCCGUGGCUCCGCCCUACGUUACAUCAUGAGAUAUUUCCCUUGGGUGGAAUCGGCCGAAUCGGCCGAGUCCCAUCUACGAAUGGGACGAAUGGUCCCGAUGGAGAAGAUGCAACGGGCCAUCGAGAUGUACUCGAUCGACCCGAGCAUAAUCUCCCAGGGCUUCGUGUUGGACGGUUUCCCCAUGAGUCGAAGGGAGUACGAGCAACUCACCUACUUCGGCGUCCAACCGAUCAUCGUCCUCGAUCUGAAAUCCGAUCUCGAGUUCUCGCUCGAGUGCUUGUCGCGGGAAGGGGACGACGAGAUAACCAAACCGCCCAGAUUUUCCAAGAAAUUUUUGACCCACCUUUACGACGUAUGGCGGAUCGAUCAGGAUAAUUAUCGACGCUGGUUGAGAAAUUUCAAUCAGAACGUGAUCGAGAUGGACGCGACCAAGUGCAGGUGGCACGUGUGGACACGUGCCGAUCGAGACGUUUGCUCGAGAUACGUCGAGAUCAGGAAAUAUUUUCGCGAGAGCGAUUACGAGAAGGUUCAUAGUUUGAGGUAUAUGAGCGUUUCCCCUUACGAGUUCAGGAGCAAGCAAAGCAGUUUCCAAACGUAUUGCCCCCUUUGCUUGUAUCACGAGGACGCGUUGACGAGGAGCGAGGUCCCCGAUCAUCGAGGGGUGGUCCAAUUCAGGGAGCACUUGUACUGGAUUUGCCCGAAACACGUGGACGAGUUCGUCGAGGAUCCGGAGAGGUAUCUUCCACCGGUAAAUACGAGAUAUCUUCCCGACCAACGUCCACGAAUAUUGACAGAGACGAUCGAUUUGGAGCAUCCGUGCUGGAUCAAACGGUUGCGAGUGAAAGGGUUGUGCUCGGUCACUUAUCUCGACCAUCUACCGAGUCGGAACAUCGUCCGAGGAAAGCUGAGCAUAGGGGUUUUGUACAAGGACAACGUGUACUUGUUCUGCUCGAACGCGUGCCGCGACAAGUUUAUGGAAAAGCCUGAGAGAUACGCGGACACCGUGGUCAAUUUCACCCGCACCUUGGCCCCGAUCGACAUCGGGGCAUUGCCGAAUCUUGGCUUCCUUGAACAGACGGUCGCUUUGUUGAUAAUCGACGCUAUAAACCAGGUAUCCAUAAGCAGGCCAAAAUUCCCGGGUAUGUCGCCCUCGGCCACCGCCGCCAUUUUUAUCGGCACGUACUUGAAGGCGAAAAACGAGCCCGUUUCAAGGGAGACGGAGUUGUACAGAGCUAUCAACGAAAGGAUUUACGGUUACGAGAAGAUAUUGAAGCUCGCCAGCCGGAUGAUGAAGCAAAUUCUAAACCCUUUCAUCAGCGUGAACGAGUAUAAGAAGAGACCCCGUCAUUACGGUUACACGUUCAGCCAAUUGUCCGUGAUAGGUGACGAUCCUAAACGCGACACCAACUACGUCUCGUUCUGUCGGACGUCGCCGACCCAAAUUUUGGUCGACCUCGACGAGAACAACCUCGAAGAGUCGAAUAUAAAUAUUAAUAAUAUCGAGGAUUCAUACUUUGACUUAACGAAUUCAACAUUAAUUCAUCUUUCAGCACGUCGCGUACCUGUUCCUGACUCGAGAUUCGAUUAUCUCUGCGACUAUUUCAAACCGGCCAGCAAAGUUCCGGCUUUCUUGAACGUCGUGGACAUCGCUGGAUUGGUUAAGGGCGCGGCGGAGGGGCAAGGAUUGGGGAACAGUUUCCUCUCGCACAUCAACGCUUGCGACGGAAUUUUUCAUCUUUGUCGAGCGUUCGAUGACGACGACGUUACUCACGUAGAGGGAGACGUGAACCCCGUGAGGGAUCUCGAGAUCAUUAGCGAGGAGUUACGGUUGAAGGACAUCGAAUUCUUGAACGGCCAUCUCGAGAAAUUGGAGAAACUUGUUGUUCGAGGAAACGACAAGAAGCUCAAGCCUGAAUACGAUACGUUGUUGAAAGUGAAAGGUGUGAUGGUGGAUGAAAAGAGGCACAUCAGAUUUGCCGAUUGGAGCGCCACCGAUAUCGAGGUUUUGAACAAGUAUUUAUUCCUCACGUCGAAGCCUGUUAUUUAUUUGAUCAACCUGUCCGAAAAGGAUUACGUGCGUAAAAAGAAUAAAUGGUUAAUCAAAAUCAAGGAAUGGGUGGACAAGAACGAUCCAGGGGCAAUUCUGAUCCCGUUCAGCGGCGUGUUUGAAAACAAGCUGCUCGACAUGAACGAGGCGGAACGCGGGAAAUAUUUAGAAGAGAACAAGGUUACAAGCGCCCUCGACAAGAUCAUCGUUCAAGGAUACAAGGCACUUCAAUUGCAAUACUUCUUCACGGCGGGCCACGACGAAGUCAAGGCAUGGACGAUCCAGAGGGGUACGAAGGCACCACAAGCCGCGGGAAAAAUUCACACGGAUUUCGAGAAAGGAUUUAUCAUGGCUGAAGUUAUGAAAUUUGACGAUUUUAAAAACGAAGGAUCGGAAGCUGCUGUAAAGGCUGCCGGGAAAUAUAGACAGCAAGGACGCAAUUAUGUCGUCGAGGAUGGAGAUAUAAUUUUCUUUAAGUUUAACGCUGGGGCUGGAUUAAAGGAUGCGAAGAAAAAGUGAUGGCACGUUUGGCUCAUGUUGCUGCUCGUUCAUUUGUACAUCAACAUGAUUGCCAUGUUUUGCUGCACGCGCGAUAUGCGUAUAAAAUGGUCGAAAUCACUUUCCGACACCCCUUAAUUUUAUUUUUCGUUCAAUUUAAAAUCAUACACCGUGUACACCAUCGUUGAUAACGAUAGCGGCAUUUUUAUAUAACAACAUUUCGAAUUUUACUCAAAUAAAUGAUAUUUUUAUAUGUUCUAUUAAGCUAUAAAAAAAAAUAUACGUCCUUUUGCUUGUAAUAAUGUAUCAUCAAAGAAGUAAUUUCUGUCAUUUCUGUCGUAUCAAUGCUGGUAAUUAUUCAUUUUUCUUUUUUUCUUUUUUUUUUUUUUUUUUUUUUUUCUCUAAUAUUUAUCAUACGAUAGUUGUGAUAUUGGAAACUUGCAUUUUUCAAGAAAAUGUAAAUAAAUAAUAAGAGCUUCGUUACAUGAUAUCCCGCUAAUAUUAUAUAAACAGCCGGUAAACAGGAAAUAAUCAUUGUACGUUUUCUAAUAUUUCCUUGUACAUUUUCGUAUUUAUUCUAAAUACAUUUCGUUAAAAUAUUUAGUAAGGAAAAAAGAAAAAAAAAAAAAAAUACUUUCAUCCUCGGUGAUAUAAUAAGACCGAUACGUUUAAAAGAUUGCUAUAUACAUUUAAAUGAUUACAAUAUUAAACUGCUUGAACGGAUUAUAAGAUUUUUUUUAUGUUUAAAGUAUCAUAUAAAUUGAGCAUCGAUACUUGAGGAAAAGUUAAUUUUCUUCUUUAUGUUUUCUACUUUAUGUCUAUCGAUGUGAAAGAAAGAAUAAUAAUAAAAGAUGACAUAAAUUCUUAUAUUUCUAAUUAAAUAUAAGAAUUAUAUUUUUAUUAUUAUAUUAUUAAAAAUACUUUAAACAUCGAUCUUAUCUUAUAAUUAUU